ACUCACUUCUUCUCAUCUUCUCCUCGCUCUGUAGAUGACGACUAUCUGGGAUUGGGUGAACUCCCGGAGACGUUCCCUUCGGAUCCGCCCGAGCCGCUCCCGCACUUCCUGAUGGAGCCGGAGGAGGCGUACAUCGUCAAGAACAAGCCUGUUAACCUUUACUGCAAAGCCACGCCGGCCACGCAGAUCUACUUCAAGUGCAACAGUGAGUGGGUUCAUCAGAAGGAGCACACGGUGGAGGAGCGCGUGGACGAGACCUCGGGUCUGGUGGUGCGCGAGGCCAGUAUCGAGAUCACCCGUCAGCAGGUGGAGGAGAUCUUCGGUCUGGAGGAUUUCUGGUGUCAGUGUGUGGCCUGGAGCUCGGCGGGAACCACCAAGAGCCGUAAAGCCCACGUCCGGAUCGCCUAUCUCAGGAAAACAUUCGACCAGGAGCCUCUGGGAAAGGAAGUGUCGCUCGAACAGGAAGUGCUUCUCCAGUGCCGACCGCCAGAAGGAAUACCUGCUGCUGAGGUGGAGUGGCUGAAGAACGAGGAGAUCAUCGACCCUGCAGACGACAGGAACUUCUACAUCACCAUCGACCACAACCUGAUCAUCAAACAAGCGCGUCUGUCCGACACCGCCAACUACACCUGCGUCGCCAAGAACAUCGUGGCCAAACGCCGCAGCACCACGGCCACCGUCAUCGUCUACGUGAACGGCGGCUGGUCGACGUGGACGGAGUGGUCAGUGUGCAGCAGUCGCUGUGGGCGGGGCUAUCAGAAGAGGACACGCAGCUGCACCAAUCCCACGCCUCUGAACGGAGGAGCCAUCUGUGAGGGUCAAGCCAUCCAGAAACUGGCCUGCAACCCGCUGUGUCCAGUGGACGGUCUGUGGACGGAGUGGAGCAAGUGGUCGACGUGUGGGACAGAGUGCACUCACUGGAGACGGCGCGAGUGCAGCGCUCCAGCUCCCAAAAACGGCGGCAAGGACUGCGAAGGAACGGUGCUGCAGUCCAAGAACUGUACGGAUGGGCUCUGCAUGCAGAGUUCCUUAUAUCAGAAGUCCUCCGAACACACAGACCAGAGCAAUGCUCUUCCUCAUCCAUCGGCCCCCAGCACUGAUGAUGUGGCUCUGUACGUGGGCAUCGUCAUCGCCGUCAUCAUGUGUUUGGUCAUCUCCGUCAUCGUGGCGCUGCUCGUCUACAGGAAGAACCACCGAGACUUCGACUCGGACAUCAUGGACUCGUCGGCGCUCAACGGAGGCUUCCAGCCGGUCAACAUCAAGACGGCGCGCACAGCGGAUCUCCUCACGGCUCCUCCGGACCUGACCUCGGCUGCUGCCAUGUACAGAGGACCUGUCUACGCCCUCCACGACGUCUCUGAUAAGAUCCCCAUGACCAACUCUCCCCUGCUGGAGCCGCUGCCCAACCUGAAGAUCAAGGUGUACAACUCGUCCGGUCUGGUGACGCCGCAGGAGGACCUGUGUGACCUCUCUCCCAAACUGGACAGUGACACGGUCAGCCGCCGCGCACACACACUCCUGCGCUCCUGGGACCCCUCCUGCACCGCCUUCGGCUCCUUCAACGCCCUCGGAGGCCAUCUGAUCGUGCCCAACUCAGGCGUGAGCUUGUUGGUGCCGGCGGGGGCCAUCCCUCAGGGCCGUGUCUAUGAGAUGUACGUGACGGUUCACAGGAAGGAGAGCAUGAGGCCGCAGGUGGACGACACACAGGAGACGGUCCUGAGUCCGGUGGUCAGCUGUGGUCCUCCUGGGGCUCUCCUGACCCGACCCGUCAUCAUCACCAUGCACCACUGCGCCGAGGCACACAGCGAGGACUGGCUCAUCCAGCUCAGGAGCCAAUCACAGCAGGGCCAGUGGGAGGACGUGGUGGUGGUGGGCGAGGAGAACUUCACCACUCCCUGCUACAUCCAGAUGGAGGAGGAAGCGUGUCACAUCCUGACGGAGACGCUGGGCACGUACUGUCUGGUGGGUCAGUCGGUCAGCGCCGCCGCCGCUAAGAGACUGAAGCUGGCCAUCUUCGGUCCGGUCAGCUGCACCGUCCUGGAGUAUAACAUCAGAGUCUACUGUCUGGACGACACGCAGGACGCGCUCAAGGUCAGACAGCACAGCCUCUGCUCACACUGAGUCACUCGAUUCAUU